AUGAGUCUCGAGCGUGAGGUUCCGCGCAAAACUCGGGAUGGGUUGCGGCGUCGUGUCCCAUCGGAUUUGCGCAAGAGAGCGGCUUUCAGCUGCGAUUUCUGCAAAGCGCGACGCAGAAAAUGCGUACGACUAUCGGCGCAAGGUCACUGCGAACUGUGCAGAGAGAACCAUAUCAACUGCAUCUUGACGGUCCCUCGUAAAAGCCGCAGCUACAACUCGACAGAAAAUCUUCACCCAAGGUACCGCGUCAUGGAAACCUUGAUAUCGAGGCUCUUUCCACACGUUGCAGUUGAGGAUACGACCGAGCUCAUCAAACUAUCCCAGUACGUAGAAUGCUAUGACGUGAAGAUUGAUUGUGAAAAUACGAGGCAAUCAGCGAAUUCGAGACCUCGAGGCUUUCCAUUCGCUCCACCUCCUUCCCCAAGCCCUCCCGAUUCCCAAUCUUGGUCAGAGCAGGAGUUGCACCAGCCUCUGGCCUCUGAGAUAUUUUCACCGCCAGCUACCUCUAUUAGUUGCCAUGAACAUAUGCUGCAGAAUUCCUCGGGCACUCUCUCGUACUUCGGAUCUUCGAGUUCUAUGGCGUUUGUGGCCAAACUGCGCGAAUUAUUGGCCCACAAAGGGAGCCGACACUCUGAGUCAUUGCAAGGGAAAGAGCGAAAGCUCUGCGAUGAGUUUAUUGCCGACAAGUAUAGUCGCACCAUGGAAAGAGAAAGUCGAUCAGCCAACGACAAUGACGAGAGUCCCGUUGUCACCGCUGACCUACGAGCGCCCGGGCGUCCUAGGCCGGAGAUCGAUGGCAUGGGCGUUGAUUCAUCUAAAGAACCGCUUAGUUCCCUAGCCGGAUUGUUGGAUCAGCUGCCUUCAAAGGAAGAGACAGAAGAAUUUGUCGAGCGAUUCUUUAUUCAUGUCCACCCAAACAUUCUCCUUUUCCAUCGUCCUACCUUCCAGGCAAUCUUGGAGGAAUUAUGGUCAAAUAGCGGACGCGAAUGUGAUGAUAUUGGCUGGAUUGUUUGUUUCUGCGUCAUCGUCAUCUUUGGAUGUGAAAGCCGACUUUCCUCUGCCAAUGACAAAUCCAGCUUGGAGUGGCAGGACAUUUGUAAGCUCCAACGGAAACUUCUCAAUUUCUCUCUCUCCAAGGUAUCGGAGCUUAUGCUCUCGGCCACACUCCAAAGCGUUCAGGCAUUUACCCUACUCUCGAUAUACCUCAAUUGUGCCAAUGAGAGAAACGCCAGUUGGAUCUUGAGCGGCUGUGCAAUACGCAUGGCAAUUAGUCUAGGUCUACAUCGGGGGGAAAGUGUGAUUCUCCUAGCUGAUGUUCAUAUGGCGUCUAUUGAUAGGGAGCUACGAAAGCGCGUAUGGUGGUCCUUGUACAUUUUUGAGCAGUAUAACAGCGCGCUAUUUGGACGUCCGAGCGCUAUUGACGACACAGACAUGGUAGACGAUUUUCCAGCAGAGUCACUCCUGGACGAAGGAUUUCAUCGACCACCACAUUUGUUGCGGCACGAUGUAGCUCUGGCACGGAUAGUGGGCAAGAUUCGCAAAUCUCAGAUCUACCAGGGCCAUGACCCGGCCCACGAGUUCUGUCGCUUACCUGAUUUGGUCACAGUAGACGGACUCUUGAAAGAGCUUGACGUUUGGCAUGAAAGUCUCCCACUUUUUCUACAAUUCGACGAAACAAGGCAAGAGCAUAUCUAUCCAAACCAUUUCCGACAGAUCGUCACACUGCAGCUACGGUACCAGCACGCUAGGCUUCUCCUGUCGCGCCCAUUUCAUUUGAAAGCGCUCUAUCUCCUCCAGUCUUCGCAGCACAACCCAGCUGCGAUGGAUAGCACCACGAAAUAUAGUGAUGUUUGCGUCAACGCAGCUUUCGAGUCUUGGAAGUUAACACGUGUUCUUUGGAAGAAGAACGAAUUUGACGGAAACUUGUGGUUGGAUGGAAUCUUCACCUACCAAUUUGGGCUGGUCCUAUCGCUUACCUUUCUGGACCCGAGAGAGAGACCGGUCAUCAAGGAUCUGGAAGAGUUGCAGCACAUGAUUCAGGACAUGCUUGAUAUCCUACAUGAAGCACGGCUCAACAAAACGAUGAGGCGCCUUGUGCAGAUCUUUGAAGAUUUUGCCGGGAUCGUGCGCGCAAUUAAAUGUCGACAAGAUCGCCCAGUUCGCGGUCGAGAUUCAGAGAGGCUACAAGAAACAUUCCACCAAAGUAACGGCCAUGACAUUGCAGUCUGCUCGGAGAAACCGGUCGCUACCUGUCUUGUUCCAGAAAGCUCUGCGUUGGAUUCUGUCGGUUUGGAGACGUCUCUAGAGGGAGAUUUCUGGUUCGGAGAGAAUCCUCUGGAUGAGUUUGGGUUUGGGGCCUCGUUGGUAGGGAUGGACCUUGACGGUGCUGAUUUCUCCAAUUCGUUAUCAGACAUUUUCACUGCUUGA